GUCCCAGCUGAUUAACAGCAGUAAAGUAAUGAUGGCGUCCUCAGCGGCUCGUUUCUCCACACGUUGGAUAACAGUUGCUGUGUCCUCUGGUCACCGUCGUGCUUUGGCCCUUUCUUCCAAUGGAGGCUCAAGAAGUCUGUCGACUUUUGGAGCACAGAAAUUCUGGCCGGGAAGCAAUGCAAUGCGUGGGGGCACGGGGAAUGCGUUGACAUUGAGAGGGCUGUCAGUUCCAGGUGUUAAAUCUCCCCAUGUCAUCUGCACACUGUCCUUCCACACAAGUGCCCCAGCCUCCAACAAACAGGACUUCUACACGGUGUUGGAGGUACCACGCACUGCCACCCAGAAAGAGAUCAAGAAAGCUUAUUAUCAGAUGGCUAAGAAGUAUCACCCUGACACCAACAAGGAAGACCCUAAGGCCAAGGAGAAAUUUGCUCAGCUGGCUGAAGCUUAUGAGGUGCUGAGUGACGAGGUGAAGAGGAAGCAGUAUGACACGUACGGGGUGGCAGGGUUCGACGCCAGCCAGGCGGGCAGUGGUGGACACCAGCAGUACUGGAGCGGACAGGCCAACAGCGUGGACCCAGAGGAACUGUUCCGCAAGAUCUUUGGGGAGUUCUCUGGAAGCCGUGGCUUCGGCGACUUCAAUGCCGUAUUUGAUCAGCCACAGGAGUUUAUCAUGGAGCUGACGUUCACCCAAGCUGCCAAGGGGGUCAACAAAGAGAUGGCGUUCAACACUGAGGCCAGCUGCCAGCGAUGUGAUGGCAAAGGGAGCGAGCCUGGCACCAAGGUUGUGCACUGCCACUACUGCAACGGCUCUGGCAUGGAGACGGUGAACACGGGCCCCUUUGUGAUGCGGUCGACAUGCCGUCGGUGUAAUGGGAAAGGCACUGUGAUCUCCACCCCAUGUAACUCCUGUCACGGGACCGGACAGACCAGACAGAAAAAGACAGUAAUGGUCCCUGUCCCAGCAGGUGUUGAGGACGGCCAGACGGUCAGGAUGCCUGUGGGGAAGAAGGAGGUGUUCAUCACGUUUCGGGUCCAGAAGAGCCCAGUUUUCAGACGGGACGGCGCAGACAUCCACUCUGACGUGCUGAUCUCUGUGGCUCAGGCUGUACUGGGGGGCACGGCCCGGGCACAGGGCCUCUACGAGACAGUCAACCUCUCGAUCCCUGCUGGGAUCCAAACAGACCAGAGGAUCCUCCUCUCUGGGAAGGGCAUCGCACGGAUCAGUGGCUAUGGUUACGGAGAUCACUACGUUCACGUCAAAGUCCGAGUCCCCAAGAUCCUGACAGACAGACAAAAAGCUCUGCUCAUGAGCUACGCAGAGGAUGAGACUGAAGUGGAGGGGACAGUCAAUGGUGUCACAAGCACCACUGCAGGUGGGGGCAGUGGUAAGCAGUCUGAGGCAGGGCAGGACAGGCAAGAGGAGGUAAAAGGUCCACUGGGAACUGAGGCGAGUGUCCGAGGGUAGAGAGAUGAUGCCCUAAGAAGACAGCCACAAGGAGAGACCAGAUAUGCGGACAGGUGGUGGGAGAGUGUUGGAGGGAUGAUGUCUACUGUAUCCUACUCUGGCACUGGACAAGACUGGUUACCCCAGAUCUACCUUCAUAGAUCUCCUUUCAUCCUUGAUCAGUUCCAUAGCAGUGGAAGACAAUGGACUGAAACAGACUCAAACAGAAUGUGGUCCUAACUCAUACCUGCUGCCUAAAACCCAAAUCCAAGAGGAAAUAUGCUCUGGAAGUACCAGGAAGUGACUGCCCCUUAGGCUUGUUGUGUUUUAGAUGGUGUUAAAUGUGCGAAAAUGUUGCGCAAUGGUCUUCAAGCAUAUCCUAAAAGGCAUUGGGCAGAAGUAAAUUCAUCCACAAAUAUAAUUCUACAUCUUAAAUGACCACAUGUUCAAAAGAUUGGGGUACGUGAUCCGUACGUAAAGCGAAGGGUAUUCCAUAGAUUUUCCUAAUGUUCCUGUCCAUCAGAUUCCUAACCAUGUGAUAGCAGAGCAGUCAGUCACUCAAAGUAUGGUCUGUCUGCUGUCUUUGAGGAAUACACUGUUGCCAGUGAUGGCUAGAAACAUGGAUAUUCAAAACAUUAGACACCUCCAUAAUAUUGAGUUGCACCCCCUUUUCUCCUCAGAACAGCCUCAAUUCAUCAGGGAAUGGACUCUACAAUGUGUCAUGCGUUCCACAGGGAUGCUGGUCCAUGUUGACUCCAAUGCUUCCCACAGUUGUGUCCAGUUGGCUGGAUGUCCUUUGGGUGGUGGACCAUUCUUGAUACACACAGGAAACUGUGGAAAAACCCAGCAACACUGCAGUUUGUGACACUCAAACUGGUGCGCCUGGUACCUACUAUCAUACCCUGUUCAAAGGCAUUUCAAACUUUUGUCUUGCCCAUUCACUCUCUGAAUGGUACACACACACAAUACAAGUCUGGUCUCAAAGCUUAAAAAUCCUUCUUUAACCGGUCUCCUCCCCUUCAUCUACACUGAUGGAAGUAAAUUGAAGUGUCAUUAAUAAGGGAUCAUAGCUUUCACCUGGUCAGUCUGUCAUGGAAAUAAGUUAUUCCUAAAGGUUUGUACACUUAGGGUAUAAGAAUAGAAAAUCAAUGUAAUUUAAAAGGCCUGAGCUGCAAUAAGGAACUUUGUUUUCAUCGAGAUCCUGAUAUCAUAAAAUGUGUAAUAAGUUCUGUGAUGUUAACUCUGCUUCCUAUCUAGCUAGCCACUGCAACGAGUCGUACCAACCUAGUAACAGCAUUAGUACUGUCAAACAGCUAUGGUGAGAUAGAGGAAGUUGUCUGGCUGAUAUACCUUUGUUACAUAAAAAAAAGUAAUGUGUGUGGAGAUGCAUUUGGGUCUGAGAACCCAGUCAUCCAGGAUGGGCAUGACUCAAACCAGUUGGAUCAGAGGUGGCUGGACCUCUUCCCUCUUACUCUGCUCCUUGUCAACCCCUUCUCUCUUGAUGAAUCUGAGAAUUCACUCAAAGCAGCACACUUUCAUGUACCUCCAUUCUGCCUAGUUAUAUUUGUAAAUACACAGCUGUUGAUAUUGCAACCAUACCAAUGUUUCAUGUUCGAGAAGUAAAUAACAUCUAUAAUUAAAGUGAAAUCUAAAUGAAUUGUUAAUGUCUUAUUGCUGACAUGUGAACAGUGGAAAUAAACUACUGGAGAACGGGUCAAUGACCCUGGUCUAAUA